AUGGGUGUUUUAGAUGGUUAUUUUCCUGUAAUGGUUAUGAUAGGGUUACAGUUUCAUUAUGCACUGCUUGCAAUGUUUACAAGAGCUGCUCUACUAGAUGGAUUGACUCCAACUGUCUUUGUAGUGUAUAGGCAAGGCAUAGCCACUUUGUCAUUGGCACCUAUCAUUUUUUCGUCUUAUAAAAGGAGACAAUCUUUGAAGGCUUCACUAGGAUGGAAGAGUUUCUCUUUGAUGUUUAUGACCUCUCUUAUUGGGGUUACAGCAAAUCAGAAUGCAUAUUUUAGUGGUUUAUUCUAUGCAUCUUCUACAGCAGCCACUGCUAUGAGUAAUUUGAUACCUGCAUUAACUUUUGUAUUUGCAGCAAUUUUGGGAUUUGAGAAAAUCGAUCUUCGAAGUUUAAGAAACGUGGCCAAGAUAUUAGGUACAAUUUGUUGUGUUAGUGGAGCCUUAACCAUGGCAUUUAUCAAAGGACAUAAGCUGUUACACAUGGAGUUUUUUCUUCCUGAUUCCAUACAUCUCACUGCUAGUGGAGAUGAUACCUGGAUUCUUGGUUGUUUGUUGCUCUUAGCAAGUAGUGUUUUUUGGUCAUGUUGGAUGAUUAUGCAGGUACCGAUUUCUUCGUAUUGCCCGGAUCAUAUAUUAUCGACGUUUUGGAUGUGUCUAUUCGCUACGAUACAGUCAACUAUAUUUGCACUGCUGAAAGAGCAGAAUCUUCAAACAUGGAUUUUACCUUCACCUUUACAAAUUUCAUGCAGUUUAUAUGCGGGAAUUGGAAUUGCGGUAAGCUUUUUCAUUCAAUCGUGGUGCAUAUCAGAAAGAGGUCCAUUGUAUUGUGUAAUGUUCAACCCUCUAGCAACUGUCAUCACAGCAUUGGUAGCUGCAACGUUCCUAGAAGAAGAGCUAUACGUUGGAAGUUUGGUUGGGGCUGUUGGAGUGAUCACUGGUUUGUAUAUUGUGUUAUGGGGUAAAGCCAAAGACUUUGAUGGGACUAAACAAAAGCUUCCACAAUCAAACAUGGAGGAUGUUGAAAGAAGUAAUAGAAUAGAUUUGGAAGAACCACUUCUUGCAGAGAAAUCAGAAUCUGUAGCGGAGAUAAAACUGGAGCGCUAA